UCUUUAAUUUCACGAGUAAAUGCCGUUGUUUAAUCAAAAUCCAAUCUUUUUUUUCUGAAUACAAAACAGUAUUAUACUUUAGGAGUAAAAAAGACGACGUUCAUAAUUGUUACGACUCAUGUUCCUCCUCGGAAGUUAAAACCGGUGCACCGGAAGCAGGACAAGAGUCAACUUCAUUGUGUCAACACUGAUAGGAAUGUCAGACAAACUGCCAGGAUUACGUCGGACACUUCGUUUAGAUUUCACGAGGAGGCGCAUGAGAAUGACAUUUUAGACCAUUUUGUGGUGAUUAUUUUGGUUUUUACACAUAAUAAAGCAGUUAUGCCUGACGAUGACGUCAUAUAUGCGACCUGUUGUCAUGUUCAAGGCGCCACUGACUGGAUCAUUUGAAACGAGUUCAAGUUGUUGAGUGUUUUGUCUGCCAAAAGAGAGACUUCAGAAACCUGCGCAGUGUCCACCUUGGACGCCGCACUCCGAGGAAGCUCUUUCUCCGGCAUGGCGGGUGGCGCUGGCCUCUUGUUUUGUUGACUGUUCGGACGUCGCGGGGACAACAUGCCGGUUACGUCACCGAACGAUGAACCGGAACCCAAAUGGCAGGACAACGCGCAGACAAACGGCAAGCUCUUCUAUUUGGAGCUAAGCGAGGGAGAAGAGGAGGCGGCGCUCGUCCAAAGCACGCUGCCUCGGAUCUCUGGGGGAAAGCGGCGUGAGUCCCGCAAUCGAGGAGCCACGAGGGAAGACUCGAUGCCCUGCGUGUCCCCCGACAAGACGCACCUAAAGACCGUGUCGGUUUACCUCAACCCCAAACGUCUCGGCGGCUCGGCCGCGCUCCCUCUGCUGGAGUCUUUGCUGGGUGUGCUGCGUCUGCCGCGUCACCCGGACGCUGCCUCGGUUGGACGGGAGGCAAGACUGACGGUGGACGGGCUGAUUCCCGGCAGCCCGGCGAGCAAGUGCGGCCGUGUCCUCAUUGGCGACGUUCUUGUUGCCGUGGACGACGUGGAGGUGAGCGCCGAGAACAUCGAGCAAGUUCUGGCGGCGGUUUUGGGGCCGACUCAGGUGAGGCUGACCUUGGCGACGCCCACCAAUCCGGGUCGCCCGGCCACGGCCUCCGUGCCCGCCGUCCCACCGGCGCGUCCGCUGCCCGGGGAGGACGCGUCCCGGCCGGAGACGGCCGUCGCCGGCGUCCCGCACUCGAUCAUGUACCUGUCGCUGCAAAUGGAUGCCGAGUCGCCGCGGGACGAGGUCCAUCCGGAGGAGGAGAUCUUGUACCAGUACCCGGCGUCCGAGGCGGCCGCGCGGCUCAAGGGCGCCAGGGGAAUCUUCAUGACGCUGUGCGACAUGAUGGACAGUGUCACGGGAGGUCACGUCGUCAGCUCAACGCUGCUGUUGCCCGACAAUCAUCUGGUGCACGUGGGCUACUGGAAGGAAGACGAUGCCCUGCUGCUGGUUGGACUUCCUGCUGAAAGGGUUCCUUUGCCGUGCCUGCAGACGCUGGUGGGCGAUGCCGUGCGGACGUUACGAGUCAUGUACGGAUCCUUGGCCAGGGCCUUCGGAAGGACCGAGCACAGGCCGCAGCUGGACGGCUUCUUCCGCUUGUUCUUCCUGCGGCUCACGCGGCCGUCCGAUUCCCCCUUGGCUCCGCCCACCGACACCCGCGGGAACAUCUUCUUGGAUGGGCUGCCGGCUGUGCGCUGGCUGGCGCUGCCUCUACCAGUCAAAACAGACGUGGACUCGGUUCUCACUGACCUUGAGGCCUCGGAUUUUGGAGAAAUGUCAGAAGACUUCUUUGGUCUGAGGCGCCUCUACGGGAUCCUGGGCUCUUGUCUCUUCUACAAGUCCCACCUGAUCGCCAACCAUCUGCCCCAAGAGGACCUGCUGGACGCGUGUCUGUACAUGCGGCACCACGACCCGCCGCCUCCCGCCACAUCCCGGCGCGGUGUUGGCCAGCCGCUCGUCUGGCGGGAGGUCUUUCUUCGGGGCUCGCGUCCCGCGCGCCACUUCCUGCUCAUCGUGGCCCUGAGGUGCUGGCGUCUGUGCGUGCUGCUGGAAGCCGGCGGCCGCGCGGCGCACUACGAAGCGCGUCUGGGACCCGACCGCGUUUACGUGGACCAGGUGAGGCCGCUCGCAGCAACACGAUGGCUCGCGCGUCGCCGGCAGAACCCUAAAGCGACGCCGCGUCCGCAGGUGACGGCGGCGCUGCUACGACUGGAGACCCUGGAGGAGGCCGUGGAAGAAGGCCUCGGCGCACCCGCCGCUGCGCGCUCGUCCUGCGCCGACUGGUUCCCGCAAGCUAGCCCGAACGGGCCGGGUCGGGAGAAGGCCCGAGAUCGGGGCGGCGAGGUCUACGCCGACGCAUCGGGUUCUCCUGCUAAGAUCCUGGCCGGGCGACGGGACUCGGCCGAUGCCGGCGGAGGCAUCUUCAAGAUCCAGCGGACGAAGCCCUCGACGGCGUUCCACCUGGGCCCGCUCAUGAAGACUCGCCGCCGGAGGGACCCAGACCAAAUGUCCACCAAGUUUGCUGAGCGCCGUCCUGUUCCAUUACGUGCUGGUGGAAACGGUCCGGGGAAUCUUCAUCGCGCCCACGCCGGCGGAGGAGGCUCAGCUCGGCGGAUCCACGCCCCCCCCGUCCCUGAUCGCCAACUUUUACCGCUGCUGCCUGUCCAUUCGGGCGCUGUUCAAAGAGAACACGCCGGAACAGGACCGUCCGUCGGCAGAGAGGCCUGGUGGGGGCGCGAGCCGCGUCAAAGAGCACGGAGUCCUGUUCCGGCAUGUACUCGAAAACGGGACCAGCUCGAGGAAAGCCGCUUCCACCCUGACUUACUGGGUCAUCGGGCGGUUGCUGCCGGAGCCCGUCCCCCAGGAGGUCUACGUGUGCUUUCGCGACUCGCUGCCGCCGGCCCCCGUGGAGACGGCCUUCAGGCUCUCCUUCGGUUUGGCCGCGUGACCUCACGACCGGACCCGAAGAAUUUCGUCGCCCAAAUUGGAUCUCGUGCUGAUGGCUUUGGGAUUGGUCGCCAUCGAACGGUUUGUUUUUAGAGCUGGUGGUUAUUUUUUUUCUUCAUGCUCUGUCUUGGUUUCAGUUUUUGGGGGAGAUAAAUUGUUGUGAGUGCGUGUGAAUGGUUGUCUGUCGACGGGUGUGCCCU